AAAUGAUACUGUAUUGAUCUUUAUGUCAGACUAUUGUUUUGUGAUCUGUGGACAACCUUUUGCUAUUGAUAUUGCUGUGCGUAAUGCGUUAAAGUUUAGUCAUAAUAAUAUUGUAUUACACACAUAGGUCGUUUGUUCGAAUAUUUGUUUAAUAUCAUAUACCUACACAGUUAAAUUGUGCUGCCAGCUUUUUGUGUAGAAAAAUUGUAAUUUCUUCUACAGCCGUGCUGUUGCAGCAUGUGAGCUGCUCACAGUCCUAAAUAAAACAACUGACAGUAAUGUGAAAUUUGGAAUCGGAUGUCAAAGACAAAUACUUAACGUACAAACAUGAUACACUGUUACAUUUUGUUAUUAUUGACUCUUAGUCAUUUCUGUGUGGCGAGCGAUAUCACAAGUCCCGUGUUUGGUUAUGAUGCUCGUGGGCAACCAGCAGCAUUUGGAGACUUUGACUCAGAUGAACUCACCGACAUGUUUAUUCUUAAAGAUCAAGGUCAAUCAGUUGAGAUUUGGUUCGGAUCCAAUUUAGAGCCACUUUUGAAACCAGGUGACGCUAAAACCAAGUGUAAAUUCAAGGACCAUCAAAUCACAUCAGUGGUACCAGGAGAUUUUAAUGGUGAUGCUCUCAUGGACAUACUUGUUACCGUUAAGAAUAUCACACGUUCUAAGGGUUGGUUCACCACAGAAUCUCCUUCAGACGAGUUGGACGUACAUAUUUUGUGGGGUGGAUUGUAUCAGUUAAACUGUUCAGAUGAAACUAAACCACUAUUUACAAUUCACGAUCAACCCUUAGUCAUCGACUAUGACAGAAACAUGAUAGUAGAUUUAUUUGGUGUUCAAAAAGCUGAUGACGGUACGCUCCAAAGGAAAUUUUGGGUUUUUGAUACUGACGGCAACUACAAAGAAAUUCUUAUGGAUAAGAGUCAAUCGAAUUCCACGAUUAGAGUGCCGCAAUCACACGGUUUUGUUGAUAUAGGCGGAGAUAUUUCACCAGACUUGUAUUUAACGACUGAGGACGGAUACGAAGUUUGGCUGUUUGAUUCAGAAAGCGGAGCGUUUGUUUUCAAUCUAACCAUUCCAUUUCCGGACAACUUAUCGGUAGUAAAUGUCGGUCAAACUGCGUUUAUGGAUUUACAACUGACCGGACGCAUGGAUCACAUAGUACCAGUGUGCUUCGACAAAAAAUGUACCAACAGUACAAUUUAUUUUUACAAUUUGACCCGUUGGUAUAAUCUGGGAAUAAAUUUCCACAACGGAAAUAGCGUUUGGGGUUUCGUACCGCCACAGGCCAACAUGCAGUAUUUGGAAACCAUAACCUUACGACCCGGAGAUUUUAACAUGGACGGAUAUCCAGAUUUGUUGGCCACACUGUGUCUGGGAGGCGACCCUAAAAAGUCCAAAGUAUUUUUGUUGGAAAAUAUACCUUGCCCGGGGGUAUGUGAAGGGUUCGACCGUACUUUUGCCGUCCGCUGGGACAGUCUUCAGCAUAUAAACAAGAACACGGUAAUGGGAGCCUUUUAUGAUUUCUACCAAAAUGGUAUACUCGAUGUUUUACUGGUGAGCGGUUCGAAUGCACAAUACAACAUGUCUGCGUUCAGGAACAGCUUAGACUAUGACGCUAAUUUCCUAAAAGUAAUGGUCGUUACGGGCUUGAGGAAUAGCAAGAACGAAAUGGUACCUAGUCGCCUUGGCAAAAAAUCGCGUACGUUCGGUACAAAUUUACCUGGACCAAAAGUCAGUUACCUGACAACCACUCAAGACGGCGACCCACGUCAGGGUACCGCCACUCAACUGCCCCAAUCGGCCCAUUAUUCUCUCUACUUGCCGUACACCAUAUUCGGACUGGGUCGUACACCCAACUUUGUCGACGAGCUGACGGUGUCCGUGUUAAACGAAACACGUUCGUGGACGCAAAUCAUUCCCAAUUCCCAAAUGGUAGUGAUCCCGAAGCCUAUCAACAAUCCCAGUGAAUGGAACGCCAAACUAUUCGUUACGCCGAGUCGGCUGAUAUUGCAAAGCGCUUUCGCCUUGGCCGGAACAUGUUUAUUAAUAUUGGUCAUCAUCGGUGUUUUGUACCUUAAAGAGCGACAGGAAGAUCGCAUUGAGAAACGUAUGGAAGCUCAUAAAUUCCAUUUUGACGCUAUGUAAGAGGUAUUUUAGUUUAGAUAAUUACACAAUUUAUAUUAAUAUAAAUUUUUGUUUUGUUUCUGUGAUUAUACAUUUUCCUUUUUUUUUAACUCGUUAAUUUAUAUUAAUUUCUUUAAAAAAAAAAUGUUAAUUUGAUUCGAUAAUAAUAUUAUAUAAUAUAAUAAUAUGAAGAUGUAUAUAUUUUUGCUUGUACUAUUGAAAAAGGUAAAAUGUAAUUUACUUUUUUUAUUACAUUUAAUCGAAUUGGUU